AUGAUGGUCUCACCUCGUGGUAGUCCAAUGCGUCGUUCACGUUCUCGUUCUCCUCGUAGACAUCAACGAUAUUCCCCAAUGGAUCGGUCAUACAAUGGUAAUGGACGUAGAUAUUCACGUUCCUAUUCACGUUCUCCAAGACGUGAUAGAGCUUAUGAUGAAAGAAGGAGAUCUCCAGCAAGAGGUAGACGUGGAGGAGGCUACAGAGAUCGUAGUAGAUCACCAAGAGGAUAUGGAGGUGGUAGACGUGAUUUUGGUAAUAGAGGUGGAUACGAUAGAAGAAGAUCUCCAAGAAGAUAUAGAGAUGGUAGAGAGAAUCCCGAGCCAAAUAAUUGUUUAGGAAUUUUUGGCAUGAGUCCAAAGACUCAAGAAAAAGAUUUGAUCAAAUUGUUUGAAAGAUAUGGAAGAGUUAAUGACGUUCAAAUUGUCUACGACAGAGCCACAGGAAAAAGCCGAGGAUAUGGAUUUAUCUACUUUGAAAAGACUUCUGAAGCUGCAGAGGCAAAAGAAAGAAUGCGAGAUAAAUUGAUUGAUGGAGUUCAAGUUCGUAUCGACUUUUCGGUAACUAAGCAAGGUAGGACAUCAAACCGUAAUGACAGGGACCGUCCAGCUCCAAGGGAGAGAUCUCGUAGUAGAUCAAGAGAUUAG